AUGUUGGCACAGAAUUUUAAAAAGUACUUUCUUUCUGACGACAACUUGAUAGUAAGUUACGAGUGGGUUAGGGAUCCAUUUCGAACUGCUCCUGAAGGUCUUUCAACUGCAGAAGAAGAAAUCUUCAUAGAUUUUACGGCAAGCAACAAAAUCAAAAGAGAAUUUAGUAAUAAAUAUCUCUUUGAAUUUUGGGAGGGAGUGGAUGAUGCCUUUUCGCCACUGAAAACAAGAGAAUUUCGUAUAUCAUUGUCCUACCUUUGCGAAGCCGGAUUUUCUGUGGUGGCUGCUUUAAAGACAAAAUAUAGAUCUCAACUGAAUAUAGACAAAGAACUGAAAGUGGCUAUUUGUAAUAUAAAACGUUCUUUUAAAAAAUUUUGCUGUUCGAGACAGGCCCAAAGGAGUCACUAA